AUGUCUUCCGCCAAAGAGCGACGUACCUCUAACCAGCUAACGAUUCCAACUAUCACCACUUCCCAGAGCACCCCACAGACACCAAGGGAACAGAAGAAAAAGAAGAUACUGUUUAAGUGCGCUCUAACGAACACCAUAUCCGAUGUGCUCACUAAUCGAGAAGGAUGGGCGCAGACACAAGGAGACGAUUGGCAAUUCUUCUGGGUCACUCGAGAAUGGAUGACUACUUGUUACGAUAAGCACAAGUUCUCCGAGAAGCAAUUAAUUUGUCACUUCCGAAAUGAUUUUGAGCUCACAAGAAAAGAUUUUCUGAUCAAGAACUACAAAAAGGCUAGAAAAGCCAAGGAAAAAUCCGGGGUCGAUGUGGCGACGGAAUUCAACUUCAUCCCUUCCAGCUAUGUCUUACCUGCCGAGUAUCACCUAUUUGUGGAGGAGUUUCGAAAAUAUCCAACUGACACAAUUUGGAUUAUGAAGCCAGUGGCUGGCGCGCAGGGAAAGGGUAUUUUUCUGUUUCGCAAGUUGAAGCAUGUUCAAGAAUGGAAGAAGAAGGACUCGAGUGGGUCGGAGGCGCUUCCCUAUGUAGUUCAAAGCUAUAUACAUAAUCCGUAUUUGGUGGGUGGCAAGAAGUUCGAUGUGAGGAUUUAUGUGCUGGUUACUUCGUUCCGUCCAAUGAACGCUUGGGUUCAUCGAGAGGGUUUCGCUCGAUUCUCACAUUCCAGAUAUUCCACGGAGAGUGUGGAUGAUGCAUUCGUUCAUCUCACCAACGUAGCAGUUGCCAAAACUGCAGCUGACUAUGAUCCUGAAAGAGGUCUUAAAUGGAGUCUUCCAAAGUUGUUUCGGUUUUUUAAGUCAAUGCAUGGCCAGUCGAAAGUCUCAAAAACGAUGAAUGAUUUGGCGAAAGUGAUCAUCGAAAGUCUGAAAAGCGUGCAAAACUUGAUCAUACAGGACACCCACUGCUUCGAACUCUACGGCUACGACAUCCUCUUUGAUGAAAAUCUGAAGCCAUGGCUGUUAGAGGUGAACGCCAGUCCAUCACUUACCGCAUCGUCUCAGGAAGAUUUCGAACUCAAGUAUCGAGUUCUUAAUCAUAUGAUUGAUGUUUUGGAUAUUGAGAAAAAACUUCUGGGAAACGAGAACCAAAUCGGUGGAUUUGACAUUUUGGUGCGGAAUAGCAAGCCUGUGGAAUUAUGCAAAGUGGCAAGACAUGCUCAGCCGUUUUUCGGAGCGCAGUUGAAUUUGAGAUUGGGUGAUUACGUCGAACCCACACCGAUGCCGUGA